AUGAAUACAAUAGAAUUAGUGCCAAUUGGUUCUGAAGAAGGUCGAGAAUCAAGAAAGUGUCCAGAGGAAGAAACUGCAUAUAUAUGUAAUCUGGCUGAGCAUUGGUUUACACUUCGAAGGUUCGGUGGUCUAACAUCACGUUGGUACAAUUUAGACUCUUUAUUAGGUGGACCGGAACGGAUUAGUCCAACUUAUUUAGGAAUGUUACUUAAUCAAUUAGAGAAUGAAGGUUACAGUAUAUUCAUAGUAAAAGGAACGUUUCCCGCGAAUAAAGCUGAUGAAGUUGCUGUGACACUACCAGAUCCUUCCAUACAACAACUUCAAAGUUUUAAUGUUAAUUCAUCAUAUGAAGAUGAUUUACAAGCUGCUAUUGAAGCUAGUUUACAAACAAAAGAAUUGUCACCUGAAGAUUUGGAUGAUUUGAGAGCAAAAAGAUUAGCAAGAUUCGAAAAAGUUAAAAUUAAUGAAAUUAAUGAAUAA